AAAUUUAUUUCAAACAUCAGAAAUCACAUCACUCGUCACUCGAUAAGACGUCGACAUGUUUAACUACAAUAUUUUUCUGGUGGUGCUCUUCGUCGGCAGCGUGAAAUCCGGCUGCGAAUUCAAAGUUUCAACCGAUAGAGCUCCGUUUGUGUUUCGGGCAGAUUUUAGUAUUCCAGUAACUAACGAAAAUGGAACAGUUGAUUUUGAACAAAGCGAGUUUUUUUACGUGAAAUGUCGCGAAGGAACUUCGAGUUUUCUUCUCGCUGAAGACGGUGACUUGUGCAUAUGUGUGGAAUCCGACAAAUUUAUCAAUACCAGAACGACGGAUACUGUGGAGUUUGAUAGAAUUGCGUGUAAACCGAAAUCAUCGAUCACAUCACUGAGGAAGCUCAGCACGAAAUGCGCAAACGACUUCACUUUCUUUGAAAUAGGAGUACCGAUUUACGGACAGUUUGCCCCGGUGAUUACGGUGUGCUUCGAUGAACAAAAGCUAACACCGUUUUAUGCGAUUUUGACAAAUACGUCGGCGUCUAAAGAAGACGCUUCUAAGUCAUUCACUGUUGGCGAAAAUGUGUACAAUGUGAAUAUGGAUGCUAUUUACUAUAAUUCGUCCGAAAUAUUACUUCACCUUCUGGAUUACCAACGAAAUUUACAAUAUGCUGGUCAUUUAGCCAGAAGCGACUUUCCUGAUGUGAAACUUAAAAAAAUGCAAGAGGAUAUUGUCAACACGUUUCCCAUGGACGCAAGUACGUUGGGUUAUGAAAAACAAUGUGUUGAUCAUGAUUCUUUGCUGUCUUAUGUUGGCGUGUUGGAUGUCGCGUCUGUAAAAAAUUCUGCUGGAACAUUAGUUGAACUUUAUUUAUACGGCAACAAAGUACCCAUUCCACAAUGGUCUUGGUGUUUUUCCUAUAAAAACAACCCGAAAACCGACGGAAUGUUUUCUUUUAUAGAUAUUAUGCGCACUGAUAGUACUGCUGCCGAUUCGUGGUCGAAAAUCUGCCCCUCUACUAGCUUAACCCACAGUCAUGUGAGUGGUUUGAUGGAGGGAAGUUGUUCCGUAACUGGCAUUAUUCAUUCACAAUUAAAAAAUUUUGUAAAUAGUAUAUCAUACAGUGGCGGCUCCUCGGGGUGGGCAGGGUGGGCAAUGCCCACCCUAUUUGAUUGUUUACGAUACGAAGUAAAUUAUUGAUUUUUUCUUUUUUAAAUUAUUUUAUAUGUAUACACAAAUAAUUAUCGUCAUAAACAUCAUUUAAGCCAACGGAUUUUCUUCAUUACAUCCCGCAGAUUCCGCAACUGAGAAAUUGCAGUUGCAACAGAGUGCGUCAGAUCUCGGCGUUAUACGGUUCAUGUGAGGAUGGGCUAGUCCACCCUUGUCCACCCUCCUGAUUAUAAGCAACGACAUACAUUCGGUUUUCUAUGUACGUGAAACGUGAUUGAGAGUAAAGAAUUCGAAACGCACUUCUUUGCAUAUCCGUGUUUUCUUGCUUCAAGCGGGGCAGGACGCCCGGGCGUCAACGUAUAUCCCAAACGCUGCAGAAUCGGAUCUCAGAUAUUCGAUUCAAGGAUUCAAUAAAUUAAUUUCGAUUUUUUUACUUCUUUUGUAUUGUAAAAGUAUAGAGGUAAUUGUUUUUAUUACUCUAUUGAAAUAUGGGUAAGGUGGUAAGGAAAAUAAUGUUAUGCGAAAAUUCUUAAAUAAUAUUCUUAUAGAACAGAGCAACACCAUAUCAAUUAAUAAAUACUUUUUCAUAUCAAAUGAAAAUUUGUAAUAACCAUAUUCUUGUAUUAUAA